AUGUCUAAGCGAGCCGCUAUUAUCGACGACAGCCACAUAUUUUCCGCUAAUCUCGCAUUAGCGAUGAAACGAGCUAAGCAGCUCGAACGAGUUCCGAAUCCACCAAAGUGUUAUUCCUGUUAUGGCCCACAUUACAUUGGAGACUGCGACCAACUUAGCCUUGCUGAUAAAAAGCAUUUUGUAUCCACCCACGCAGUUUGUGUGGUAUGUCAGCGCUUUCAAAAAGGUAAAUUUUCUUUUAUUUUUACUAAGUCAAUAAUUAUUUUAUUAAUUUCUUUCAACUAUUUCUAUCUUUCAGGACCACAUACCUAUGUAACUUGUCGUUCACGCGAAAAGGUUCCUCUCUGCCAAAACACCAUUUGUGUUACUUUGGGAGCUACUCAUUCUCCGAGUUUAUGUUUUCUUCCUCUUGUUCUACCUUCUCUUCAAAAUUCUAUCUCCUCUUUAACUCUUCACGAUCAGGAUCAAGCCACAACUUCACCGGCUACUAACUAA